AGCCCCCGUGUCCGAGUUCCCCCACAUCCACCCAGAUCGCACCCAAAUUCCAAACUCGCCUCGGCGCUCCCCUGCCCCUCCGGCCUCAGCCCGCUCCGCUACCCCAGCCAUGGCGAUCGCCACCGAGUCGCGCGGCAGCGAGGACAAGGCUUCAGCCCACGCUAAUGAGGAGAAGAGGUGGGUUCUGUCUGAUUUUGAGGUUGGCAAACCACUUGGGAGGGGCAAGUUCGGACAUGUCUACCUGGCCAGAGAAAAGAGGAGCAACCAGAUCGUAGCUUUGAAAGUUCUUUUUAAGAGCCAACUCAAACAGUCCCAAGUGGAACAUCAGCUGCGGCGUGAGGUUGAGAUACAGUCUCAUCUCCGUCACCCAAAUAUUCUUCGCCUGUAUGGAUACUUCUAUGAUCAGACUAGAGUGUAUCUCAUCUUGGAAUAUGCUGCCAAGGGAGAGCUGUACAAGGAGUUGACGAGGUGCAAACACUUCUCAGAGAGACGGUCAGCAACUUACAUCGCGUCCCUCGCGAGAGCUUUGAUCUACCUACACGGGAAGCAUGUCAUCCAUAGGGACAUUAAACCAGAGAACCUUUUGAUUGGAGUCCAGGGCGAGCUAAAAAUUGCAGACUUCGGCUGGUCUGUCCACACCUUCAACCGAAGGAGGACGAUGUGUGGAACACUAGACUACCUUCCGCCUGAAAUGGUUGAGAAGACAGAGCAUGAUUAUCACGUUGACAUCUGGAGCUUGGGUAUACUGUGCUAUGAGUUUCUUUAUGGGGUCCCACCUUUUGAAGCGAAAGAGCAUUCAGAGACAUAUCGAAGGAUAGUGAAGGUCGACCUGAAGUUCCCAUUGAAACCGUUCGUGUCGCCUGCUGCCAAGGACCUAAUUUCUCAGAUGCUCGUAAAGAAUUCCGCACACCGGCUCCCACUCCACAAAGUCCUUGAGCACCCGUGGAUUGUCCAGAAUGCCGACCCCUCCGGCGUGUACAGAGGGUAGAACACCGGCGGACCACUGCUGCUUCCUCCACUCUCCCCAAUUCGAGGGGAGUGCGACUCCUUCCAAUGGCUUCGGCCCUGCCACUAGGGCUUGUGUCACCCGAUCUUUCCUCCCCUCACCCCGAGUUGUAGACAUCUUGUAGCUCCGUGUAGCUCAGAAGAGAGAUUCCAAGCGAUGUUGAUUAAUGUGUGUAUGUGCCAUGGUGCCGUGAUCUCAUACGGCAAAUUCCCUGUACUAAUGUAGCAAUUCCCUGUUGGACAACCUUCUUCUUACCCGUCUAUAUGAAUAUCGAUUAUAAACUUAUUAUCCUCCGGAAAUUUAACUUCUGAUGUGAGAGCC